GCCAAUCGUCUCAAAGAUGGCCCUUAGGAACACGUCGUUGUACCUGCGAAUUGGGGAGGCGAAGAACCUACUGGCUAAAGAUUUAAGUGGGAAAAGCGACCCCUACUGUGUGGUCAAAGUGGAUAAUGAUGUCAUUGCCAGGACAGCUACAGUUUACAAGAGUUUGAAUCCAUUUUGGGGUGAAGAGUAUAUUAUGCAUAUGCCCUGUGGUUUCCAUGGUAUGAGUAUUUACGUCUAUGAUGAAGACCGUGUCAGUGAGGAUGACGUCAUAGGACGAGUGGUAGUCUCCAGAGAAGACUUGCUGGACAAUCCCAAAGGCUUGGAGACAUGGCUGCCGCUGGCAAAGUGGGACAAAGACUCUGAAGUCCAGGGAGACGUCCUGCUGGAGAUUAAACGAGAGUUUUCGCGAGACAAGGGUGUCUAUCAUCUCUGUAUUGGUCUGAUAGAGGCAAGAGAUUUAGCCGUGAAAGACAAAUCUGGCAGCUCAGACCCUUAUGCAAUAGUAAGCUUCUGUGAUGAAACGAAGCAAACCAGUACUGUAAAAAAGACUCGCUUUCCGCGCUGGAACGAGACAUUUGAACUAGACAUUCCUGAGCCGUGUCCAGAAAAUGGGGUCAUCAACAUAACCCUGUGGGACUGGGACAGGGUGGGGGAUGAUGACUUCAUGGGGGAGGUGGAGAUCAAAUUAAACGACCUUGCUGACGGCAGUUGUGUUAAAAAAUGGUAUCAGUUAUGGCCAAGGUCGAACAAAGAAGAGAAAAAUAAUUCAUCUCGCGUAGACCGUGGCAGUUUACGACUCAAAAUGAGGCUAAUGGAAGAAAGAGUGCUGCCGUCCUCCUAUUACAAACCUCUCAUCAAUCUUCUGCUCGAGUCCGUCAAACAAGCCCAGAAUGACAAAGAUGCUGGCCCAACACCACUGACGAUGCUAGAAGAGGUCAUGACCCUUGACCUUUUAGAAAUCGCCAGCACAUUGGUCAAGCUGUAUCUGGGUCAAGGCUCCGUGGUUGCCUAUCUGGAUGUCAUCUGCUCGGAGGAGAUAUUUAAUACAUCGGAACCAAAUACCCUGUUCAGAGGGAAUUCAUUGGCCACAAAGUCUAUUGACCAAUUUAUGAAGAUAGCAGGGAUGCCGUACCUGCACGAAACCCUGGGUCCGGUGAUAGAUGAGGUAUACAAUGUCAAAAAGGUCAUGGAGUUAGAUCCCAGCAGGAUCGGCAGUCUGAAAAAACGACAUAAAAGCAUCUCCAAAGACAAAGAAGAACAGAUCCUAGAACAUAGUAAAGAGGUUCUCAUUGGCUACAUGUCUUCCAUUUUGAAAAAUAUCGUCAGCUCAGCCAAUCGGUGCCCUCCUGUCAUGAGGGUUGUGUUCAGGAACCUGCGUAAGCGGGUCAGUCAGAAAUGGCCAGGGUCAGAGAAUCAGGACCACAGUUACUUAGUCAUCAGUGGAUUCCUCUUCCUAAGGUUCUUUGCAGCAGCCAUCAUGUCUCCUAAACUCUUUGGCCUUCAAAACUUCCACCCUGAUGAGAAAGUUGCCAGGACGCUAACACUCUUAGCAAAGAUAACACAGAGUAUUGGUAACUUGGCCCUACAGCUGGGGAAGGAGGCCUGGCUAGAGCCGCUCCACCAGUUCAUACUCAACAAUGUCGCUGACCUCAAGACCUACAUUGACAAGGUUGUUGACAUUGAGGACACUUCAGAUGUUGAAGAGAUGGGUGCUAACCGACGUCCUUUUCAUCAAAACCAGAUCAUCAAACAGGGUAUGCUCAACAAGUGCCGUCUGCGGGGCAGCAAAUUCCUCCGCUCUUUCACCUUCAAACAACGCCAUUUCCGCCUCAGCUACAAUGGUGUCACAUAUGCAAAAGAUGCCACUGAUCAGGUCAGAACUACUAUAAUGGCAAACAUGAUUUGUGCUGUGGAAAAAGUUGACGAGAAUGCUUUUGGGAAAACCAACAUGGGUCAGAUCUUGUCGCGGAAUUCCAGCGGGGAACUGGACAUUCUGUACUUCCACGGAAAGAAUGUGAAUGAGGUGUCGUCUUGGAUCUCCAGUAUCAGAAAGGUGUGCAUCGCUAACGAGAAAAAACUGGACAUGUUCCAUCCCGGUUCUUACAGGGGUCAUAAGUGGACGUGUUGUCAUCGCUCAGACCAUACAGCUCACGGCUGCAGUAAGACCUACACGAAGGUGACCUUGGGGGACUGGCGAGAUCCCCUGGACCCUGAUAUAGAGGCCCAGACCAUCUACUCCCAGCUUUACCAGGGACGGGAUAUCCUGAGAUGUAAAUACAUGGAGACAGAAUCAUCCGUUGUUCAGUCGUUGUCCCAGAAUGAGACCGGAGAAACAGGAAGUAUUACCAGCAUCUCUAACAGUGUGGCUCUUGGAGACGAACAGAUGGCGUCAGUUGCCCACAUACUGGAUGUCAUCUCUGAUUUAGAGAAAGCACAUCAAGCGUUCGAGAAGCGAGAGAAAGAGUGCAACAGCUGAUAGCGGAAUGGCUCCAGUAUGAUUUUUUUGUCCGCCUGUUAUACAUGUUUUUAUUGCUUUCACAGCCAGACAGAAAACGUAUGGUACUGUCCAGUUCCUACAUGUAUACAUACCACUUAGUGCUGAAUGGGAGAGGGCCUGCACAACUUUAAAUCGAAAUGGUACUGCACAAUCACGUGAAGGUGGAGAAAACAUAAAAAGGACAUAAAAGUUCAGAUUGAAGAGAGUGAACAGUUACUUGUCAAUACAAUUUUCAAUAUUAUUUUUUUUAAUUUGAUUUAAAGUGAAAAAGACACUUGAAAAUAAUUUUGUAUGGUGGGUAUUUGGAACCACUUCGAUAAUGUUCUAAAUGAGGAUGUGAAUGGUGUUUAAUAAAUGUAUUUGAAAUUGUUAUACAAUUUGGUCUUUUCAGCCAACAAAUGUAUUCAGCCUGAAUUUUAAUCAUAUUUAUAUUUUUAAUAUAUUCAUAUAAAAUAUGGUCAUAAUUCAGAUGAAAUGGAUGUGAUAUAAACAACAAAUUUACAUUCAAAUAAAUUUAUUAGACAGGCAUCACAUCACUAUUUAGUACAUUAUUAUGCAAAGAGGAUAUACCGCAAGAGGUGGUCCCAAGUACCCACCAUACAAGAGGUGGUCAAAAAUACCCACGAUACAAGAGGUGGUCCCAAAUACCCACGAUACAAGAGGUGGUCCCAAAUACCCACCAUACAGCAGGUAGUCCCAAAUACCCACCAUGCAAGAGGUGGUCCCAAAUACCCACCAUGCAAGAGGUGGUCCCAAAUACCCACCAUACAUGAGGUGGUCCCAAAUACCAAACAUGCAAGAAGUGGUCCCAUAUGCCCACCAUGCAAGACGUGAUCCCAAAUACCCACCAUGCAAGAGGUGGUCCCAAGGACUCGCAAUGCAAGAGGUGGUCCCAAAUACCAACCAUACAAGGGGUGUUCCCAAAUACCCACCAUGCAUGAGGUGGUCCCAGAUACCCACCAUACAAGAGGUGUUCCCAAAUACCCACCAUACAAGGAAAAAAUCCCAAAAUAUAUUACUGACCAUAUUUGCAAAUAGCUUUGCACACUCUGACACUAGCAUCAUACUUAUGUUUGGUCCUCUAACACCACAAUGUGGUUGUG